UUCCGUUGGGAGACUUGAAUUGUGUUUAAUUGUCAAACGUUUCUGAGGGAAGCAAGUGAUUUGCAAAAUAUAGAAAAGUUGAAAUCAUGGCUACUGAGCGAUACAGUUUUUCUUUAACCACUUUCAGCCCUAGCGGUAAAUUGGUACAAAUCGAAUAUGCCUUAGCUGCGGUAGCUGCCGGUGCACCUUCCGUUGGAAUUAAGGCUUCAAACGGAGUGGUUAUUGCCACAGAAAAUAAGCACAAGUCAAUUUUAUAUGAUGAACACAGUGUACACAAAGUGGAGAUGAUUACCAAGCACAUUGGUAUGGUUUAUUCUGGUAUGGGACCUGACUAUCGCCUUUUAGUGAAGCAAGCUCGCAAAAUGGCACAGCAAUAUUUUAUUGUGUACAAGGAACCCAUCCCCACAAUCCAAUUGGUUCAAAGAGUUGCUGCAGUGAUGCAAGAAUAUACCCAAAGUGGUGGUGUUCGACCAUUUGGUGUAUCUUUAUUAAUUUGUGGAUGGGACAAUGAUCGUCCAUAUCUGUUCCAAUGUGAUCCAUCUGGUGCUUACUUUGCCUGGAAAUCCACUGCCAUGGGAAAGAAUUUCAUCAAUGGCAAGACUUUCCUGGAAAAAAGAUACAAUGAGGAAUUGGAGUUGGACGAUGCCGUUCACACUGCGAUAUUAACGCUAAAGGAGAGUUUUGAGGGCCAGAUGAGUGCUGAUAACAUUGAAGUCGGUAUUUGCGAUUCAAAUGGUUUCAAGAGAUUGGAUCCGUCCCAUGUAAAGGACUACUUGGCCAACAUUUCAUAAGCAAACAUUAAUUUAUUAAUUUCACGUUUUAAAGCGAAUAUUAUAAUGCUUCUUUUAUAAUGUUUUCUUUCUUAAUUUGUAAUACUUUUAAUUGGGUAAAAUAAAUUACGUUUUUCUGUAAAA